AUGACUGCGCGCGUGACCCAUCAUGCCCGUAUCAUCAUCGCCGUGACACUCCUUCUUUCCUGCAUCACUUUGACCUCGGCCAAGAUCAUGCAAGAGAAGAGGGCCCUUCCCUUGCCAGGUGCGACGUACGAUUACGUCGUUAUCGGAGCGGGUACCGCAGGCGCCACCAUCGCCGCUCGACUAGCCGAGGAUCCUUCCGUCACCGUCGCUGUGAUCGAAGCUGGCGACGGUCUCCAAGACAUCAACCCACUUGCCUUCAUGCCCGGAGGCGAUGUGCUUGGUGUUGGAGCGGACCCGUCCGACAAGCAGAUUUUGAACGACUGGGCGCCGAUCACGCAACCGCAGCGAGGGGCCAGUAACCGUCGACUCCACUACGCCCGAGGCAAGGGAGUGGGAGGUUCAACAAUCAAGAACUUCAUGGUCAGUACAGCAGCAGCCGGACGGGUGAAGAAGGCGUCAUACUGAUUUGAACGGACUGGCCAACCAGAUAUAUCAACGACCGGACAAGAGCUCCUUCGACGCGUGGGAGCAGGCCACCGCAGGUCAAGACUCUCCCGGUUGGACUUGGGAAGACGUCUACCCGUACUUUACGUGAGCAACACACUCCACAUUGUUCCUCGACCCAAGCUUGGCGAACCUACUGCUCAUGCGAGGACUUGUCUAUUCCUCCACCCUGAGCAGCAAGAGUGUGGUCAUCACUCCUGCAAACAACCAGAAGAGAGGGGCUCAAUAUACUCCCCGCUACAAGUGAGUCAACUGACACCGAGUAAUCAUCUAUUUGGCCGGUGGGCUGAUCAGGUCUGAUCGCAUCCGCCCAUAGCCCAGCCGCGUUUCCUCAAACCGACUCCUCGAAGGCGCCGCUGACACUCGGUUAUGCCAAUUUUGCCUUCGAGUACGGCACGACGCUUGCCGCCGCGUACGACGAGCUCGGAUACCCAGCCGCAUCCGACUUCUCCUCGGGUACUCUCAACGGCUACGCCUACAACCCCUCCACUAUCGACGCGAGCAACGGGCACCGUGCAACCUCACAGAAGUUCAUCAAGAAUGCUCAAAACGAGGGACUGUCAAACCUCAAGGUGAUCACGAAUGCGAUGGUCAAGAAGAUUAACUUUGACUCGCAAAUGAAUGGUGAGUGGUGUACCAAAAUGUGGGUUCCUUCCGCCCAUUUUGACCAAUCUUCGACAUGUGGUGGUCCGUGCGCAGCUGUCUCGUGCACCUAUACGACCUUGCUUGGGGCAUUUCAAACGACUGUCUCGGCACGAAGAGAGAUCAUCCUCUCGGCCGGGGCUUUCCAAAGCCCCCAGCUGUUGAUGCUCUCCGGGAUUGGACCAAAAGCCCAGUUGUCCAAGUUUGGGUGAGUCAAUUCCAUAUAGGCUGGUACAUCCGCCGUUCGACAUCGUGCGUAUCACUAAUGUACCUUUGUCAUCCUCUUCGUGCUCAGCAUCAACCAGCUGGUCGACUUGCCUGGCGUUGGGCAAAAUCUUCAGGAUCACGUAUUUUUCUCACCGGGCUAUGAGAUCAAGAACCACAUCUACAAUCUUGGUGGAGAAACUCAGCUCUUCAAGCUGCUGCUGGCCGGAGGUUCGGCUCUGUUAACGAAUUCGGGCUCGCUGACCAACCCGGUGGCGGAUCAUUUGAAUUGGGGAAGGUUCAACGACUCCUUCUUCCAAGCACACCCCGAGGCCGCCGCCCUCAGCGAUACGUCCCAAUAUGGCUCCCUAUGGCCUCAUUACGAAUUUCUCGCGGCUCCCGGCUUGACCCAGGACUUCAGCAACCUGUUUACACUGAACAGCGCUUUGGCAGCGCAGAGUCCUCCGCGGUUCUUCUACUCGCUCCUUGGUGCACUGGUGGCACCACUUUCACGAGGUCAGUACUAUGAGACCGUUCCGACAGGUAACAUCGAUCAUUGAAGUUUCGAUGCAAUAAUUGCAUAACGCAGGUACCGUUAGCCUCGCGUCAGCGGACUCUAGCGUAUAUCCCAAUAUCGACCCCAACUGGAUCACCCACCCGGGAGAUCAAGCCGUCGCGAUCGAAAUCUUCAAAAAGAUCCGCCGCAUCUUCAACACCAAAGCUUUCAGGGCCGUGCGCGCCAACAACCAGGAGUACUACCCAGGUAGGAAUAUGGCAUGCCUUGCAGUGCACGGGCGGCAGAUCUAGCCGUGCUGACUGACAGGUGCCCCAUAUAUGUUUCAGGCCUCGACGUCCAAAGCGAUGCCGACAUUCUCAAGACCAUUCAAGCUUCCGUACAGACGGUGUGGCACGCAGCUUGGUGAGCCUGGAUGGACUCAUACUAUUUGAAAGUAUGACACUGAUCGCGAGCCAUUCCUCGGCUUGCAGUACCUGCGCCAUGGGUGCUCGUUCAAAAGGCGGGGUGCUUGACCCCUAUCUCCGGGUCCACGGUGUGAACCGGCUCCGUGUUGUCGACGCUUCGUCCUUCCCCAUGUUGCCGCCCGGGCACCCCCAAUCCAGUAUUUGUGAGCAGUAUAUUUGUGCCUUGGGACGGUAGCUUGCACUAUAGCUGACUUUUGAGUUCGGCUUCAGACAUGCUUGCCGAGCGUGCGGCAGACUUUAUCACAGCCACCCGCACCGGCGCAGCCAUCACUCCUCCUAGCGUCACGAUGCCCGAGGGCGACUCUGGUUCUCCCUUCAUGGGGAACUGA